CGGCCGGGCUGGAAGGUGGAGGAGGUUUGGUGUGAGCUUCCCGGCAGGAAUGGGUAUUUGGAGUUGAGAGGGAACUUUGAAUUUUGGUAUUUGCUUUAUUUCACCUGAAAGAAAGGAGUUUUCUACCUUGACUUGUAACUCAUGGGAAGCAACCUCUACUGCUGUAACUUGUUGAAUGUGAGAAGGAGGAACUGCAAUUAAUUUCAACGCUGCAAUAUUAAUCAGAAUUAUUUUUGGCACUGGAAGUCUGAAUAUCCUUGCUCUUUAUGGAGACAUCAUAUGUAAGAAAUGACUAAGGCUUUGUAAAACUGUUGCCCAAUAGACUGGAACAUGGAGGCACAGUUAGACCCGAUGAAGGAUGACUUGCCAUUAAUGGCCAACACUAACUACAUGCUUGUAAAGCACUAUAUAUUGGACUUGGAUGUCGAUUUUCAAAGUAAAGUUAUUGAAGGCAUCAUAGUUUUAUUCUUUGAAACUGGGAGCCGGUACAGGAAAACCAGCAGUACUGGCAAAGAAGGCUGCCAGUCACAGUUCGAUGAAACCUGUAAAAUAAGGGCAUCUGGACCCUACCAUGUUCCUGUGACAAAAGUGAGUGCCUGUUCAUCUAAAACAGAAUAUAAUGAUUUUGCUAUCUGUGGUAAAGGUGAAGAAGAUACUUCUGAUAAAAAUGGUAACCAUAGCAACGAGGAACAGGCUUCUGGGAUUUCUAAUUCAAAGGACUUCUUUGACAUAGAGAAUCAUGGGAAAAAGGAUUUUCUGCUGGUAUUGGACUGCUGUGAUUUAUCUGUGCUAAAGGUUGAGGAGGUAGAUGUAGCUGCUGUGUCAGGCAUUGAGAAAUUCACAAGGUCUGCCAAGCUAACUGAUGAUUCAAAGGAGCUGGAAAAUCUCAGGAAUCAGAUCGUACAUGAACUUGUAACUUUACCUGCAGAUCGCUGGAAGGAACAGCUGUACUAUUUUACUUGCUGCAGCCAGGCACCCGGCUGUGGAGAGCUUCUGUUUACUACCAGCACCUGGAGCUUGGAGAUAAGGAAAUCAGGAAUUAAGACUCCGACAGACUUUCCUCAUGCAAUAAGGAUAUGGUACAAAACUAAACCAGAGGGAAGAUCUAUUACAUGGACUACAGACCAGAGUGGUAUCUUGAGUUGGUACUACUAUGUGACUAUGCCAAUGCCAGCAUCCACCUUCACUAUUGCUGUGGGGUGCUGGCAAGAAGUUAAACAGCAGUCCUUCGCAGCUGCUAUACAGACAAACAUUGAGUUUUCCUUGCCAUCUUCACAAGCUGAUUUCAGGUGGCAUGAAGGAAUCUGUGGUCAUGUGGAAUAUCCCUGCCGUUUCCAAAAUCCUGCUGCCAGGUUGCAGGCAGUCAUUCCUUAUAGAGUCUUUGCUCCCUACUGCCUUGUGGAACGCUGCAAAGAACAUUUGCUUCAGUUAAUUCCUCAGUGCCUCUCAGCUGCUUACACCACGCUGGGUACUCACCCCUUUUCGAGGCUUGAUGUUUUGAUAGUUCCUUCCAACUUUUCCAGCCUGGGGAUGGCCAGCCCACACAUCAUCUUCCUGUCACAGAGUGUAUUACCAGGAGGGGGCCAUCUCUGUGGAACACGCCUGUGCCAUGAAAUUGCUCAUGCUUGGUUUGGACUGGCUAUUGGUGCUUGUGAUUGGACUGAAGAAUGGUUAAGUGAAGGGUUUGCCACUUUUUUAGAAGAUAUAUUUUGGGCUAAGGCACAACAGCUGUCACAUGAUGAAGUAAAAGCGCAGCAGGAAUUGAAAGCUUUACUUCGCUGGCGUCGACUCAGAGACGAGGUGCAGAACUCUGAAGAAGAGCUGCAAAUUUUAAGGCCCAAAAAGGAGAGCACAGGAGAAUUGAGUGAGUCUGGAGCAUCUGUUGUCAAACAUGGUCUUAAAGCAGAAAAAAUCUUCAUGCAGGUUCACUAUUUGAAGGGUUAUUUCCUUUUGCGGUCUCUGGCAAGGACAACAGGAGAGGCUUCAUACCUUGCAUCUUUACGAAAAUUUGUCCAUAAGUUCCAUGGGCAGCUUGUCCUUUCUCAGGAUUUUCUUUGCAUGCUGUUGGAAGACAUCCCUGAACAAAAAGAGUCUGGGUUAACUGUAGAAAGUAUCUUCCAGAAUUGGCUUGACACUUCUGGAAUACCAAAGCCUUUGCUGGAGGAGGGCGAGACUUGGAAGGAGUGUCAGCUCGUCCGGCAAGUGAGCGGCGAGGUCACAAAAUGGAUUCAGACAAACCAGAGGAUCAGAAAAAGCAACAAAAAGAAAAGAAAGCAGGAUGAUGUCAUUUUCCAAAAGCUUCUACCUGACCAGCUGGUCUUACUUCUGGAGUCUCUCUUGGAGGAGAAGACACUAUGUCCUAGAAUACUGCAGUCCUUAGAGAAAACGUACCAGCUCCGGGAGCAAGAUGCUGAGGUUCGUCAUCGGUGGUGUGAACUUGUUGUUAAACAAAAGUAUGUGCCUGGGUAUGGAGAUGUUGAGAAAUUUCUCAGAGAAGAUCAGGCAAUGGGUGUGUACCUCUAUGGUGAAUUAAUGGUGAAUGAAGAUGCAAAACAACAAGAACUUGCACAUAAAUGCUUUGCUACAGCACGAGACCAUAUGGAUGUGUCCUCAGCCAAAGUGGUGGCAGAGAUGUUAUUCUGAAGAGGAAAGAUCACAGAGAAACCCUUUUAAUGUAUCUUCUACUAAACCCCGAUGGUACUAGGAUUUCACUGACCCAAGACAUCAAAGGAUUAUGUGACUGCUAAAACAAUCAGCUGACAGAACAUUUACCUCUCAAUAUUUAUGUCUUCCAGAGGCUCACUGUAACCAAGACCACACGUGCACAAAACAAACUACAGACACACACACACACACGUAUGUUACUGUGGCUUUAGGUAGUUUUUUAAUACAAGAGAUUGGGGGUUUAUCUUUGCUCUUUGGUGAUAUAACCAUCCCAGUUUGCAGAUGCCAAGGACUCUUGAUUUGAGCUAUUUCAUGCACUCCAGUAAUCUGGCCAGCAUUAGUAAUCUCUGAAAUUCAAUGAAACUGCUCUGUACUUAAAAUUUUGUUUGUAACUUAAAAAAAUAAAUUAAAAAUUAAAAAGCCAAUAUGAAAUUGGGGCUGGGAAGUUAAUCGGAAAUUGAAAUAAUCUGUGAAAAGUGACCAGUCAUCCUGGUGAUAGGAUGGGAUUUAAGGAAAAACCAAGAUCAGCAUUCUCUCUCUUUCUUGUUUAGUUUAACUUUUACCAGAACCAUCAGACCUUCCACUUUCUAAAAAUGUCUUCCAUACCUCCUGCUGCUCCUUUUGCACAGUGACAUGUCAAGUGUAGUUCUUCUUUCCUAGGAAUAUGAAUUCCUCCACUGAUCAGACAACAUCUUAAUUGUUCCUUUUAGAGAGUAAGAAUUUAAAGCACAAAAAUCUGUGAACAUAUUUACUUUGUACACUAUUGUUUUACAUCAAAUACUCUUGCAAAAAUAAAUACUUUUUUCAAGUAUGUGUAGUCUUUCCAGUGCAUAGUGGUUCAAUGUUAAUUUACAAACUUAGCAAAAAGAAUGACCUCAUUCCUGCUUUUUCAGUAGGAAAGAAGCAACUGAAAGUUAUUAGUUAAUGAAUAUUACCAAGAAAAAUUAAACAUGGUAAUUAUUUUUUCUAAAGUUCUUGUGCUCAGAUCCUAAAGUAAGAGCCUGCCUCAGCAGUGACUUCAGUCCAAAGAGUACAGUUCCUCUUUACCUCACUACAUUUUCUGCUCUACCCCCUUUCAGGCACACAGUGUCAAUACCCAAAUUAUGGGACACAGCAACUUCUUCUAAAUGCAGUAAGCAUUAGGAAAUUGUCCAAGAAUGCACUGAGAUACCACAGUGAUUUCUAAUGUAGUUACACUAACAGGUGUACUUGUUAAGAGGUCCUGUGCAUAAAACAGUUAAGGUUCAUUUCACGGGGUUUUCUGCAAAGGCCAGCAAAGGAAACCAGCUUGCUUUUCGCCUUUUUCAUUGUGUGAGGGAAAGAAGUCAGACCUGGAUAAGGCGUUUGCUCAAGACGCCCAGAAAUUAAAUGUGUUGUAAGCCUGUUCAGAGCCAGUACUGUUAAAACUACAUGGCAGGUAAGCCAUUCCACACAUUUGCAGAUAUCACCAAAUUUUUGUUCUUUAAAAACAAUUUACUUUUCUUUCAUUUUAAAAAAUAUUGAGCACAGCAGUAGUUUAUUUUGCUUGCUACAGCUGUUCCAGUCUGUCUCAGCAGUACUAACGUGAGCAUGAACAUGGAUUUUCCUGACAGCAACUCUGUGACCUAUCAUGCAUUGUAGUAACUGAGAAAAUGAACAGAAAAAACCCACCAACACCAAACGGCCUAAAAAAAUAGCAGAGGUGGCAGCCCUUGCCCUGUAUUUGGAUUUGUAUGGCCUUGUGUUGUGACUGCAAGCAUUGCUAAAUAGAGUGAGGCUCCAGAUUAAGAAGGAAGCUAAAGGUCACCGUAACUUAACAGAAGUAAGAGAGAACAGGAGACUCCUGUAUGUAUUGUAGGGUAGCUUCAUUAACAUGAUAAGCAUUACCAUUACUUUAAAAUCCUUCUGAAUCAUGUAAAAAGUUCUGGGAGUGAACCAUACAAAGUAUCAUUUAAUUAUUUCAGAUUUUAAUAGGCCCUAUUGAAAGCUCAGCAGGAAAAAAUAAUGUUGCUGUUCAUUUUACUCAAGAUUCUUCCAAGGUGGGUGUUUCCAUAUUAAUUUUGUGAGAGGAGGAAGUUGUAGAUUCUAAUUAUAAUAAAUAAAAGCAAACAACAAAAAAAUCCUUUUCCAAACUUACUGUAAUUAAAAUCAUUACUGGAAGUGAUGUUUUAUCAAAUGAUACCUCUACCCAGACUUGAUUAUCAACACGUAAAAAAAAAGUGAAGCUGCCCAUUUCUUAAGUUGUUUGUUCUUAAGUAUAGUCAGGUAUUUGGGGAAAGUGGCAGAAAUGCUAUGACAUUAAAUCUCUGUUUCAAGGUGAAAGCUAAGACUUCAAGGCUAACAUACAUAUCAAUGUAUGUGGCUGUGAUAAGUACAGGUCUUCACAUAGAUGUGUCCUUGCCCCACUUAGGUUUCAUUCUACUUCUGUUUCGUAGUCAGCCCCCUCUGAAUAAAGCAUUUUGCUUGUUUUCUUUCACCCAUUCCUAGUUCAGUCCUUUCCAGAGUGGUAAAUUUUACUUUGGAUAGCAUUAGAAAGCCUAAUGCAGAAGGGUGGAUUGUCUCCCACUUACUUUAUUAGGCCAGCACCUGGCUAGGAUCUCACUGAUUCUUUCCUGGAUGUAACUUUAAAAUUAAUCUCAGAUUCAGCUAAAACUGUAUCCGUAUGGUUCAGCAAGGACCAACAUCUAUUUUCCUAUGCCACUUACUGGGUCACUUCUUCAGAGUAAAGGCAGACCAUAAUGGGAGGGUGAUCUAGGCAAGUCCCUUGCCCCCUCAGAGGAGAUGCAUUCUUAGUCAUACCCUUGCUGCUACAAACACAGAGUAAAACAUACUAUUUUGUUGACAGCUGUUCCUCCGCUUUGUCUUCUGUCUUCAGCUUUGCUGGGAGGUGUUUGCAGUUGCUGCUGGCUCUGUGCUUUCUCCUUUAGGAGGGAAUUAGCUGUACCUUAUUGCCCAUUCCUCACACCUAAGAGGGAAGGAAAAAGGUCUAGCCUGGAAACAACAGGUCUAGCCAGAAAUGCAGUCUGAGCAGGCAGGCAGCUUGAGGAAACAAGUAGGACUCAAGUCAUAAGGACCCUAUACACAUAAAAAGCACUGUGAAAAAAGAUAUUACAAAAACAAAACAGAAGUUCUCUAGAGCUAGGCCAUGAUAAUGUAUCAUGCAGAACACUGCAGCUAGCAUUUAUCUCCACAGCUGAUGAAACUCUUGAGAACUAAUAUUUUUAUUACAGAAAAUUUUAGCUGUUCUGUUAAGAGUUUGCAGAUGUAGGCUCCUCUGCAUACAUAAGGAUGCAGGAGGAGACCAUUACACCUUUGUAAAAAUGGACAAGCAGCUAAGUUAGUGUGCCAUUAUGUGCCAAAGGCAUACUUUCAUACUUUUACAUACCAUACUUUCCGGUUGAUUCUUCCCAUGCAGAAACUGGACUGGAAAUAUCUGGAAACCCCACACCUUUCAGGACUGGGUCACUCCCAGGCCCCCCUAUGCCACAGGCAGGUGGUGGCAGGCAGUGGUGGGUCCUGCACAUGCUGCAAUGCUGGUGCACAAAUGCAGUGAGUUGCGUGUUACAGAUUGUUGUGCUGUAUGGCACUGCUGUCUCAGCUUUUGUGCUCAAACAGGGAGACAUUUCCAUGCCUUCACAGGUUUGUCUUUCCAUACUCAUAAUUUAAGAGUCAGGAGUAGUUGUAUAUGAAUUACCUAAGAACAGUCAAAUUUUACAUCCGCAACUUAAUGGUAUUUUCUUUGGACCAAAGCAUACUCUCAUAAUAUGUACAAUAUAUUCUAAUAAUAAGGUACUUAUAUAGCAAGACUACCAUUUGACAUAAACCCACAUACUGAGCACAAAAACCUUAGUCUAAUUCACUGCAAACCUUGUUCCAGGACACUAAUUCUUAAUAUCUAAAAAUAAAUCAAUACAUUUUGUGAUCUUUUAAAACUGUAAAAUAUCUAUCUUGAUGCUACAAUUCCUGGUAUUCUUGAGUCUGGUUUAAUAGCUUCUAUAAUGGGCAAAGAUUUUAACAAACAUGUAAGGGCAUUUCUGUUCUUGGCCCCAAUCUUUGAUGCCCAGACUAGUAGUCCAAAAAAAAAAAAAUUACAGGAAAGGACAAGGAAGCAACCAAAAAGAGAAGCAUGACUCAUCUAGAAUUUCACCAUAGGUAUACUGCAUUUAGGUAUAAAUACAAAUACUGAAGUGAACGUAUACACUAACAUAGAUAUGUUCCCUUGUUUCUGUGGGCACAACAUAUUGCAAAAGUUAUUUCAAAAAUUUACCUUGCUGUCGGGGUGACAUUUUAUGCCAUGAAGUACGCCAGUGAAUAAAGAAAAUGAGACAUUUGCACAGUUCUUAGGAGAUAAACUGCAUUUGUCCAUUUACUCUGAGUAAAACUGCGUGCAUAUGUUCUGCACAAAAUUCAAGGCUUGAUUCAUGCUGCUCAUCACUGCCAGAAGAAUGGGCAUUUGUUAUAACUGUUAUUUAAAGGCAUGCAGAAAUUGCAGUUGGGUAAAGAUUUGCUUUUUCAUGAUAAUGUACGCAUCACAAAAGGGAACUUAAUUUUCAGCUGAGCAUCGCUUUGUAUUAGCACAGUACCCCAGCGGUAAUGCCCACAGUACUACCAUGCAAAAGCCUGAUUUUGCUUAUUACCCCCCUUGUAGAGAUGACCACUCUGCUGUCCUCUCUCACAUGUCUGAGCAGCUGGACAUCAUUGUAACCCUUGGUUAAUGUAGCUCACUUCACUCAUCUCUGAAAAAUGCUGUUUCUCUGAUUACUUCCAGGCUUUUCCUCUGGGCUUGCUCGGAGCAGUGGGACUCUCUUCUGGGACAUUUUAUUCAUGAGCCAAUGAUGUCUGUUUUGGCACUAGCAUCAUACCCAGCCAUCUUAACUAGAUGUUGCUAGAUCUAAACAGGCUAGUUUGAGAAGCUGGUGCUUGGCACCACUUCAUCUUUAAUUCUGAAAGGACAGUGGCCAUCAUCUACUAUACAAAAACAAGUGUGCGGGGUUUUUUUAACCUCAUGUUAACCUUACAUUGCUAUAUCAUAGUAUCAUCUAACUUUGUUCUUCCAUUGCUUUUAUAUUUGGUAGUAAUAGCUAUCUGCUUUACAACUGUACCCCCUUAUAGUCAGCACUUAAAACCACAAAACUAAACUAAAAAUUACAGUGUGUCAGCAGCCUUCUUGCUCCAUUCAGCAUCUGUCUCUCAGAAUCAUAGAAUCAUUUAGGUUGGAAAAGACCUUUAA